GUAAGCAUAGAUUAAUAAGUCCUCUCUUCCAUCUGAUUGUAUGCUUCAGCUGUAAACAAGCACAUUUUGCUGUAUUCAACCAACAGCAAACAUGGAAAUACGCUCACUUCUGCAUUUUACUUUGCUGCAAUUUUUGCUGCACAUUCCAUGGACACUUUCCUACAACUCCACCUCCAUAUAUUCCACUACUUCCUUUGCAGAAGGUCCCAACAUCGCCAAGCCUGGCUGCCCGAGCAAAUGUGGCGAUUUAAAUGUUCCAUACCCUUUUGGCAUCGGUAUCAAGGCGAAUUGCUCGAUCAACCCCUCCUUUGAUAUAAACUGUAAUUCAUCUUUUGAUCCUCCAAAGGCAUUUCUGGGAAACCUCGAGGUUGUGGGUAUAUCUGAGACACAAAUACGCAUCAAGAACCACUUAGCCUCCAUCUGUAACAAUAGCAUUGAUAAUAGCAUGUCCGUGUUGGAUUUGUCAGGCACCCCUUUUAGCCUUUCCAAUCAAAACAAGCUCACAGUUGUGGGAUGUAACCAUGUUUCCUUGAUGUCGAAAGAAUCCAAGUUGGAUAACUACAUUAGUUCUUGCAUAGCAGUUUGCUCCAAACCUCAGGAAUUGAGCGAUGGUUCUUGCUCUGGAAUUGGCUGUUGCCAGGCCUCCAUACCGAAGGGCCUCCAGUACAUCGCUACCACCAUGCUGCUCUUGAAUGCUCAGUCCAGCAAUGAUAAUUUUAACCCAUGCGGCUACUCGUUUCUUGCAGAGCAAAGUAGCUACAGUUUCAGAGCAUCUGACAUCUCAGACACAUCAUUCACCAAAAGAACAAUGGACACAGUGCCCCUUGUGAUUGAUUGGGCGAUUGCAAAUCGAACUUGCAACCAAAGCAGCAAUAUCAUAUGUGCAGGAGAAAGUGUAUGUGUUGAUCCUGGUACAACUAUUGGAGGUUACCGCUGUAACUGCUCUCGAGGCUACCAGGGAAACCCAUAUCUCAGUCCAGGCUGUCAAGAUAUCAAUGAAUGCAAGUUUAAUCCAUGUCAUCCAAAAGCCAUAUGCAUUAAUCUUCCUGAAAUAUGGCUCUGGUUGCAUUUCUCUGCCACCUCCAAACAAAACCGCCCUGUAUGCAGGUUAGAGGAAAUGCUGGCACAUUUACCAUCACACAGCAGAUUUAAUGCUAGUGCCUUCAGCAUUAAAAACUCUCUCGUUUUACCUGUUGAAAUUUUGCUUGCAGGUUUACUCAUAGGCUCGGGAUUAUUUAUACUACUGGCAGUUAGCUUAUGGUUGUGCAAAGUACUUAGGAGGAGAAGAGCAAAACAGCUCAAACAGAGUAUUUUCAAACGAAACGGAGGUCUUCUGUUGCAACAACACAUAUCAGCUCAUGAUCUUGUCCUUGGUAAAAUGAGAAUUUUCACAUCUAAGGAAUUGGAGAAGGCCACUGAUAGAUUCAAUGAAAGCCGAAUACUUGGCCGAGGAGGUCAGGGUACAGUUUACAAAGGCAUGCUUUCGGACGGAAGAAUUGUUGCAGUGAAGAAGUCAAAGCAAGUAGAUGAAAAUCGACUGGAAGAAUUCAUAAACGAGGUUGUCAUCCUAUCCCAAAUAAAUCAUAGAAAUGUGGUUAAAUUACUAGGAAGUUGCUUGGAGACAGAAGUUCCCUUACUAGUCUAUGAAUUCAUUCCCAAUGGGACCCUCUAUGAUCUCAUUCAUGACGACAAUACUGGUUUCCCAUUUUCAUGGGAUCUACGGCUGAGAAUUGCUACAGAAAUAGCCAAUGCCUUAGCUUACCUACACUACGCUACUUCAAUUCCCAUAUAUCACAGGGAUAUGAAGUCUAACAAUAUCCUCUUAGAUGAAAAAUAUAGAGCCAAAUUGUCAGAUUUUGGGAUUUCAAGAUCUGUUUCGACAGAUCAGACUCACUUAACCACCAAGGUUCAAGGGACAUUCGGCUAUCUAGACCCUGAGUACUUCCAAACAAGCAAAUUCACAGAAAAGAGUGAUGUCUACAGCUUCGGGGUUGUUCUUGUUGAGCUCUUAACUGGCCAGAAACCGAUAUCUACCAGUGUGACAGAGGAAGAAAAAAGUUUAGUUACACGUUUUCUCUUAACCAUGGAAGAGAACCGCCUUCACACAAUUCUUGAUUCCCAGAUAACAGAACAAGGUGCUAAGGAAGAGCAUCUUGCAGUUGCCAAUCUGGCAAGGAGAUGCCUGAAUUUGAACGGAAAGAAAAGACCAACUAUAAGAGAAGUGGCUAUGGAGUUGGAAAGUAUCAGAGCAUGUGAAAAUCCAUCUUGUAUUGAAUCUAACACUCCAGAUAUAAGCUUCAUGGAAGAAGAAUCCUUUUGGUUCCCGGAUGAUUGAUCCUUGUGGACACAAAAUGUUGGUUCGUAGAAUCAACAUCAUAAGCUAGCAAAUCUGAUUUACUUGGCUAUUCCAAUCAUCAAUUAAACAUCUAUACUUACAGAAUUCCAGUAUGGACCACUAAGCAGUUUCACUAGACUCUGUUAGGAUAGAGUUUUUCGUUUAGAGAAAAGAUAAAUCCUUCAGAGUUACAGAUUACUAAGUUGUGAUGCAUCAUUAAAAUAUGAUGUGGAUGUUUCAAGAAAAGCACUACUAAUAGUAGAAGGAGUUUCUAUGUGAAGGGGAAAUCAAGUCUAGCUCUAGAAAGAAGACAACAGCUGGCACCAUUAGCUUACUGCUGGCAGCAUCAAAAAAACCAAACAGGGAAGCUUAGUGCUGCAACAUUCUUCAUCAAGAAAAAGGGAGAUACCCAAAGAAAUGGCGUAAAGAGGGCAUGCUAAAAGAGAGGUUUACCAUGAGAACAACUAGCAGAGCCAUGGCCACGGCUGAGAACGUUGCGUGUACAGUCGAUGGGUCUCAAUUUGUUCGCCCCACGCUCCCCUCAUCACUCCAAAUCCAUAGCCACACUCGCACAGUCUCUAUAUAUUUUCUAAGUUCACUAAAGAUUGAAACUUUUGAUCCUGAAGUCGAAUAUAGGGUUUAAGAGGUUUAAGCUAGGGUUUAUUGUUAGUAAAUAACCGGGAAUUCUUCAAAAAGAUCACUGAAUAUAAAGGCUGCAAAGGGAAAACAGAUCUGGCUAUGUUCGACUCCAUUCAAUAUACA